CGCGGCCGUUAUAACUCUGUAACCGCUAGGUGGCCGUUCCGCGGAGACCGACAGUGUUUAAAGCGGCGAGGGUUUGUGUGUUUGAUUAUUAUUUAUCGAACAGUAAUCAUGCCGCGAGUGUACAUCGGCAGGCUGAGUUAUCAUGUGCGAGAAAAGGACAUACAGCGUUUUUUCAGCGGCUACGGGAAGCUUUUAGAAAUCGAUCUGAAGAACGGGUAUGGGUUUGUGGAGUUUGAGGACACGCGUGACGCAGACGAUGCUGUGUACGAGCUGAACGGUAAAGAUCUGUGCGGGGAGCGUGUGAUCGUGGAGCACGCCAGAGGACCGCGGCGGGACCGGGAUGGAUAUGGUGGGGGUUAUGGGGGCAGCAGCAGCCGCAGCAGUAGUGGUUAUAGCAGCAGGAGCCGAAGCGGAAGAGAGAAAUAUGGACCACCGGUUCGCACGGAGUACCGUCUGAUCGUGGAGAACCUGUCCAGUCGCUGCAGCUGGCAGGAUCUCAAGGACUUCAUGCGUCAAGCUGGAGAGGUGACCUAUGCUGACGCCCACAAAGAAAGAACCAAUGAGGGUGUCAUCGAGUUUCGCUCUUACUCCGAUAUGAAGAGAGCUUUGGACAAGUUGGAUGGCACUGAUAUCAACGGAAGAAAAAUCCGUCUUGUGGAGGACAAGCCUAGACGACGUCGCUCCUACUCUGGGAGCAGGUCAAGGUCUCGCAGCCGACGCCGUUCUCGCAGCAGGAGCCGCCGAAGCUCACAAAGCCGUUCCAGGUCCAGAUCUCGCUCAAGGUCCCGCAGCAAGCACCGCUCUCGUUCCAGGUCUGGUCGCAAGUCCCGCUCCAGGUCUAGGAGAAAGUCUCACUCAAAGUCCCCAACAAAGUCCCGCUCCAGGAAGUCAAAGUCUCGUUCCCGCUCGCGUACGCAGAAGUCACGCAGUCGCUCCCCCAGCCACAAGUCUCGCUCCCGCUCCGAUGCCCGCAAAUCUCGCUCUAAGAGCCGCUCCAAAGCCAAGUCGGAGAGGGAUUCCAGGAGCCGCUCGAAGGAGAAGUCCGUCAGUAGGAAGUCCCGAAGCCGCUCGGCUUCUCCAAGGGAGAAUGGAAAUGGAGACCGGGCCAAGUCCACCUCCCGCUCGCCGUCCCCUAAAGAGGACCGCCGUCAGUCCGAGUCUCCUGGGAAGCGUUCUGCGUCUCGCUCUCCAUCACGUUCGAAGUCUCGUUCCCGCUCUCGAUCUGCUUCUCAAGACUAGUGUCUCGCAGCAGGAACAUGCCAUGCACAGUUCAGUGUUACUCCAUCAUUCACAGCCUAUGAACAUUCACCAAAUGAUUAAAGAGGCUGCAGCCCAGUGUAGUAUUGAUUACUGUGCUGUUUUCAACAUUGCAUGAAAACUAUUGCAUACCCUCCUCCCCCUCAUGAAAUAUCAAAUCAGAGUUUGUUUUCCGUUUUAUCAUUAGUUUAUAAGGUUUUGUGCUUCUAAGCAUUGCUCAGGCUGUUGUUUGUGUUCGACUCUUUGGUAUGGGGCGUCUUUAAAAGGAUCUUUGUGUUUUUGCUUUAGUGCGAGGUUUGAGGUGGCUGUUAUCAAUGUUAAAGCCUGAAUCCGAUAGAAUGCAUAAUUUUGCAGCUGUCCUUUUGUGUAGAUAACAGGAUGUGAUAGUUGAGUGGCUGGCUAUGGAAACGCUUCCUCGCUGUGUAGUCAUUCAUGUCUUUAAUUAAACUGAUAAUUUUCUUUGGAAGUUAUGUUUCUGUUAGUGCUUUGGAUCAUCUUUGUGGUGUUUUUGUUUUGUUUUUUACAAAAAGUUUAUUACAUUACUUGCAGUGUGAUUUCUGCGAUCUCAUUUUAAAUGGGUUUUUGCAUAUUUUCCCAAGUGUUUUGGUUAAAUAAACAUUUAAUUGG